GGAACGAAACGAAGCGCGUCCUCCCCUCGACAUCUUGUUUCUAUACGAGAGGCUACUCUCUCUGUCUCUCUUUCCCUCUCACCCUUGAAAGCCUGACGAGGCACCGGACUGCGCUGAUCCUUUGGAAAUCGAUACGACACGGCAGGAUAUUUGCAGUAACGAGAUCAGCGUGCAGGCGUCAUCCGUGGACAACCGCCAUUUCGACCCUACGAGCACUUGCAGCCGCACCCGCGUCAGGCAUCCGCGUCGAUUACACCCAGCCCGCUUGAAUAUCACACGACACGGCACUGGCUGCCGGGAAGCAAUGCAUCGCUCGAACAAUACUCUUCUCACAUAGAUCCUGCUACAAAUUCAACAAGGCAUGGCUCUCCAUCGUGGCAUUCAAUCCGCGCUAUUCUACUACCUAUCAUGUGCCCCCUGCACCGGCUAUUCAUAUCGCAAGAAGAGAAGAAAGGAGGCAGACCGUGAUCGCGUCGCAAAGCAUGCUCUCGAGAUGGAACAGCCCGGUCUCUACCGACACCCCAGCCCAUUUGCGACAAACGUCCACUGGCAGACCGAGAUAGACCUUGGUCCCACUCCAGCUCCUGCCAAACGCAAAGCCCAGAAGAAAGGCCGCACGCGGACAAGUGAUGAGAAUGCCAGUAAUGUCGCUAGUAGCGUCAAUCUGGGUCUGACGCAGAACGAGAGCAACGACAGCACGUGGAACCUGCGCCAUUGGCAGCGAGACGACGAAGACGACAACUACUGGGGGCCCAACUAUCCCUACAAGACCAGUCGACGCACGUCUACCAACGCUGCCAGCACUGUCAGUCGUCCACUCACCGCCCGCACCGCUACUACCGACCGAUCAGCUGCGACGAGUUAUCAUUCUGCCUCGAAUCCUCCCAUAAACGAGCUUCAUCCGCCCAUCGUUACGCGCAUGGACACCAGGGCUGAUGCCAUGUGGAUGUUACAGCCUCCGCCUCCUGCUCGUACUGCACGAAACGGCUCAAAGACCAACCUUGCAAGAAGCGAUAGCGGCGCUAGCAGACCUAGCACGAGGCGUGCCACGAACGAGAACCUCUCGCGACAAGUCAGCCACCGCAUUGUCGAUGAGAAGCUGCGGAACGGCCAAUCCCCGUCCGUAGACAGCCUCAAUCCUUCUUCUUCAUCAGACGACUUGAAGCCGUCACGACGACGCAGGCCGCCGCCGCCUAUCAAUGUACAAGAAGACUCGACAAAUCCUCGCCCUCUUAUCUCCAUUGGACCCCCGGUAACAGACCUGCGACCCAACAAUUCACAAAACAAAUACCUUCUCCCCCCACAACCUCUCUCCCCAGUCAUAUCGGCCAAGUCUUCUGAGCGCUCUCGCAGCCGCAGUCGCAAACGCAAUUCAUCGGCCGAGGACCGGAAACCUUUAUCCCCCGAGACGCGACGUCAAGAUAGCUCCUUGAAUGUCCUACAAGAGCUCGUGCCAGCAAAUUCAUCACUCAAUGCUCAAAGACUUAACAAGGCUCCAUCAUUCGAGGCUCGUAUCGAGCUUCCUACAGCCGACCAGUACGAAGAGAUGAUGCUGCUAGGCAGUGGCAAAGCCGGCUUCGACUCGUGGUACGAGGGCAAAGACUUUGGUACCUUUCCACAGUGGGCUGCCGACAGAGUGCGCCGAGACGUGACUACACGUUGGAGCGUGGACUUUUAAGCGAAGACCUCUUAUCGUAACCUCAAACAUACCGAUUUUGCAAACGUCCUCGGAACAGACCUUUGACCAGGUCGAGGGCUGCCCACCCAUUUAGCCAGGCCCAUGGCCUCUUCGCGCGAAACCAUCACGACCAAAACUCAGCAGUGCUGAGUCUUACGACCUAUCUCCUUCAUUCAUUCUCUCACAAUCUCUCGUGUCUCUAUCUCUCUUUUUCCUUUUUUGAAUUGUCGAAAUUUUUGCGCGGCGUUCCGGAAGAGGACUUUUUGGGUGUCUCGUCAGUUGUUUAUGCAUUUCUAGCGAAAAAGCAGCCACAUGCGUC